GUGCAUCACCCUUAUCGGGAAAACAAUGUCUUGGGUUUUCGCUUUGCUAUUCCAUUUCAUCUGUGACAUUGGACUUUUUUCCUCCACAUUUGGCAAACAUUUGUGAUCAUGAGAUUGUCGUUCCCGGGCACCGGGGACGUGGUCAUGUCGAGUAUUUUAGAAAUGGAUUAAAGAAGGAUUGGAUGAAUCGUACGUUAGUGGGAGACAGUGGAUCUUUAUCCACCCCGAUAAAGCUGGCUUUCUGGCUCAGCAAAAAGAAAAAAUAUAAGUUAAACUUCGAACGUUUUCUGACAAUGUGCAGGGAAGCCGGCCUCGAAGUUUAUGAGAUUGACCUUUCAAAACCGUGGAUAGACCAAGGUCCUGUUGACAUCUUGAUUCACAAAGUAACUGACUUUAUAGCUGCUGCAGAAAAUGGCGACUUGCAGGCAUUCAAAGCUGUGCAGAAGAUUGAGACAUUUGUUGCAGAUCAUCCUGAAGUCAUUGUAAUUGAUCCUAUUGAUUCUGUUCGUCUGCUUAGUGACCGAUCUGUUUAUUAUCCUAUCAUAAGGCAAUGUGAAAUUCAGGACGAAGAUGGCAAAGUUUUCAUUCCAAAAUUCAUCAGUUUAAAAAGCCAAGAUAGUAGGGAAAAUAUAAAAGCGUUCCAUCUUGCCAAUAUCAAGUUUCCCUUUAUAUGCAAAACAAACGUUGCUCAUGGCUCUGACGAAUCCCAUGAGAUGAGUAUUAUAUUCAAUGAAGAAGGGCUUCAAGAUAUUACUUCACCUUGCGUUUGUCAAGAGUUCAUCAAUCAUGAUGCCAUUUUGUACAAGGUGUUUGUCAUUGGUAACAAGCAUUACAUUAGCGAAAGACCUUCAAUAAAGAAUCUGCAAGCAGGAGAUUACGAAACGAUUUUCUUUCACAGUCAUGAUGUUUCAAAGCCAACAUCAUCUUCUUUUCUUAACCAGUUGGAAAAACCGAUACUCUCGCCAUUGCCACCGGAUGAAAAAGUUGUCAAGAAACUUGUGGAUUUACUUAAAAGACGAAUGCGUCUGACUCUCUUCGGUGUUGACGUCAUAGUUGAGAGAAAAUCAAGGCGAAUAGGAGUGAUUGAUAUUAACUAUUUUCCUGGUUAUGAAGGUGUGGAUAGCGCAAUCGAAGAUCUAUUUGAUCACACACUACAGUCAAUUAAUAAAAAACGAAAACUUCACUGACUUUCCGUCAUUAAAUGUUGAGAAAAUUUAGUUGAUGUUUUCAAUUUCAUUGUACAAAGUGUUGUUGUUUUGCAAUGGUUUGUACGCACAUGUGCACCGUGUUUACCGUUAUAACCGCUUGAAAUAAUUGAAAGGUACAAUUUGAAUUAAUCCCUUUUCUUUAGAUCGCUUUUGUGAUUCGCUAUCGUCUGUGAUCAUUUUAAUAUCUUAUUUAAUAUCAAUUUAAUUCAUAGUUAGUCAUUAAUCACUAAAGAGGAAUAUUUAAUAGUUUAAGAAAUUUGCAAAAUGCCUUUGUAUGUAGGUGUAGAGAAACGUUUUUACUGCUAAUAAGAAUCAAGAAUUUUGUUAUUUGAUUUUGUAA